ACGAUGCAAUCGCAACAUCACGAGCUGCAACGACACGAGAUCGCCGCCGACAGUUACUGCUACCAGCAAUGGUCGACGCAUCAUUAUCACCAUCACCAUCACCAUCACCAUCAGCAGCAGCAGCAGCAGCAACAUCAGCAGCAACAUCAACAUCUACCCGCUGUACCGUCGCCGAUGCAACAAAUGGAAGCUUGUUUGCAAAGCGCCGGAAGAGUAAAGAGAUCUCGCAGUCCCAGUCAUCCGAUGAAGGCCAUUUUGCCGGUUCAUUCGACAAAUCCGGCGAAUCCGAUCUCCUCAUCCGCCACGAUAGAAUCGCGCAACGAUAACAACAAUAACAACAGCCAUCACGGUGACCAUCAUCACGGUGAGCGUCCGAGCGAGGACGGCGGCGGGUCCUCCGUCGAGGAAUCGGGCGCGAAACGGCCGCUCCAUCCGGCGCUGCUCAGUGCUGGCGCCGCUCUGGAGGCGAAGCCGCUCUGGGAGGAAUUCCAUCAGCUGGGCACCGAGAUGAUCGUCACAAAAGCCGGACGAAGAAUGUUCCCCACGUUUCAGUGUCGACUGUUCGGCUUAGACCCCAACACCGAGUAUCUGAUGGUGAUGGAUUUUGUCCCGUGCGACGACAAGAGAUAUCGAUACGCUUUCCACAGCAGUGCCUGGGUCGUAGCGGGUCGCGCCGAUCCCAUAUCACCCCCUAGGAUCCACGUGCACCCCGACAGUCCUGCGAGUGGCGCUCAUUGGAUGAAGCAGUCAAUCUCCUUUGACAAGUUGAAACUGACUAACAAUCAGCUUGACGAUAACGGACACAUAAUUCUAAACUCGAUGCACCGUUAUCAACCGCGCUGUCACGUGGUGGUCGCUCCAUCGCCACCAGGCUCAGCGCCGGAUCCUCGCACGGAGAACUUCAAGACAUUUUCCUUUCCAGAGACCAGAUUCACCGCGGUUACCGCGUACCAGAACCAUCGGAUAACGCAGCUGAAGAUUGCCAGUAAUCCGUUCGCCAAGGGUUUUCGGGAUUGCGAAUCGGACGAGUGCGACGGCGUGGCAACCGGCGUCGGUGGGAUGCCGAAUCCUGCGAAAAGACCGGCCACGGGACCCACGAGUACCGCGAGUACCGUGAAUACCGUUCUCCCAUCCGGUUACAACCAUGCCAUGCCGAUUCCGGCACCGAUACAGAUUCCGGGUGUACCCGCCACCUCUCAGGAACACCAUCAGUUCUACGGCGCAACCGGCACAGGUAGUCAUUGGACGCAUUAUCCGAGCCAUCAUGGACAGUCGUCGGCGCACGUCAACGCGGUUCACUAUCCGAUGCAUUCGCAGCAUCCGCAUUCGAGCGCGUCUCUCUAUGGACCGCGAUAAUCCAAUUUUAUAUUACCGCGCGCGGUUCCAAUCGCAAUCUCGUUAUUUCUACUUUCGGCGUCUUUAAGCGUCGAAUCAUCGAGAUUAAUUCAUGCAAUACGACGGAGACGAAAAUGAAACAUUUGCGUAUCCCGGUACCGUUCGAAUGUUAUAUACUGUUUAGCUUUGACGUAUUUUACAUCUUGAUCAUCCAGCGCUUUCUUACAAUUAGUGCAAUGGAACGCAAGAAGCUCGACGAAUUCUUCUUGAAACGUGCUGAUGUAACUUUAGACUAGCGGAUGUAUUUUUUUAAAAACACGCGAGCAAUCAACCUUUAC